AUGUCCAUGAGCUCGGUGGCUGGCCGGAUCACCCUGCUGUCAAUCAUCUCCAGCUCGGGAGCGAGGGUCUCCUGCAGCUCUUUGACGACGGCCUCGUACUCCUCGCAUGCUCGGAUGCCUUCGACAUUGCCCUGCACCUUGAGUGUCUCGGGAUCCGACAUGCGCCCGCUAAUCGGCUUCACCGUCUCGUCUAUCAUGGCUGCUCGCGCGCCAUCAGUUCUCAAGCAGGCAUCGCGUCUAGCAUCGAAAUCCUCACUCCCCGCGACUCCCCGACCCUCGGUUCCUGCUCUAUUGCGGGUGGCGGCGCCCUCGGCCCGCAGCAGCUGCGGAAGGUCAUAUGUGACCGAGACAAGGCGGGACAAUGCCCAGGUCCAGGUAGAAACGGCUAUUCGGCUCGACAGGAAGGAGCUUGAGAGAUCGGGUCUUACCGUGAGCGGGCAGGAUGGGUCGACAACUCAUGUCAGCCCCAUGGCUGACGUUCUGAGGCGGGCAACCGUCAUGGAUGAGGGCCAGCGCCCCAUCUACCUGGAUAUGCAGGCCACGACGCCCUUAGAUCCACGGGUGCUUGACGCCAUGCUGCCGUACUACACAGGCGUGUUCGGCAACCCACACUCUAGGACUCACGCAUACGGUUGGGAGAGCGAAAAGGCGGUCGAGGAAGCCCGAGAGCACAUAGCGACCCUGAUCGGCGCCGACUCAAAGGAGAUUAUCUUCACCAGCGGCGCCACCGAGAGCAACAAUAUGAGCAUUAAGGGCGUGGCGAGAUUCUUUGGGCGAUCCGGGAAGAAGAAACACAUCAUCACCAGCCAGACGGAGCACAAAUGUGUGCUUGACAGCUGCAGGCAUCUGCAAGACGAAGGCUUCGAGGUCACCUAUCUGCCCGUCAACAACAAGGGGUUAAUCGAUCUGGAACAGUUGAAGGCGGCAAUCCGCCCGGAGACGGCACUUGUCAGCAUCAUGGCGGUAAACAACGAAAUCGGGGUUAUCCAGCCCCUGGAGGAGAUUGGCAAGAUCUGCCGCGAAAACAAAGUAUUUUUCCACACAGACGCCGCUCAGGCAGUGGGCAAGAUCCCCAUGGACGUCAACGCCAUGAAUAUUGAUUUGAUGUCGAUAUCGUCUCACAAAAUUUACGGCCCCAAGGGGAUAGGAGCCUGCUAUGUCCGCCGGCGGCCAAGGGUCAGGCUUGACCCCAUCAUCAGUGGAGGCGGACAGGAGCGAGGUCUGCGCAGCGGCACGCUGGCUCCGGCUCUCGUUGUUGGGUUUGGAGAGGCGUGCCGCAUUGCGAAGCAAGAACUCGAGUAUGACUCGAAGAGGAUCAAGUUCCUCUCGGAUCGGCUACUCAAUGGCCUGCUCGCUAUGGAGCACACGCAGCAGAACGGCGACCCGGAGCACUUCUACCCGGGCUGCGUCAACGUGUCAUUUGCCUACGUGGAGGGCGAGUCGCUCCUCAUGGCGCUGAAGGAUGUCGCCCUGUCGUCGGGCAGCGCGUGCACCUCGGCGUCGUUGGAGCCCAGCUACGUCCUGCGGGCGCUUGGCAACAGCGACGAGAGCGCCCACUCCAGCAUCCGGUUCGGCAUCGGCCGCUUCACAACCGAGCAGGAGAUUGACUACGUCCUGAAGGCCGUCACCGAGCGCGUCGGCUUCCUCCGCGAGCUCAGCCCUCUGUGGGAGCUAGUCCAGGAGGGCGUUGAUUUGAACACGAUCGAGUGGACUCAGCACUGA